AUGUCGUACAAAUAUUGGCUCUCCAUCACUGCAGCGCCUCGGACAUGCAUCCAGCCAGGUGACAACACAGGUGGAGCUGGCCUUGAUGCUUCAGCUUCGUACGAGGAGAAGUACGGUGAUGCUAUGGGACAAAGAACAAGCGACACCAAUACCGACUCGAUUACCCCAAGGACAGCUGGAGAGAAUGAAAAGAUUCGAUCAAGCCUUGUCCGCAAGUUCGAUAACAGGCUGGUGCCUGCCAUGUUCCUAGCCCAUCUGCUCUUCUUUCUCGACAAGAGCAAUAUCGCUCUCGCUCGCAUCAAUGGACUCGAACAAGAUCUAAAGCUGAAAGGCAACCAAUUCAACACGGCUCUAGCUAUGUUCUUCAUCCUCAACAUCUUGUUCAACAUUCCAGGAAACCUAGCCGUGCGCCGUGUCGGAGGCGCGAUUUGGCUGCCAGCCUUGAUCAUCUCAUGGGGAAUAGUCACCACUCUCAGCGGCUUCAUCACCAAUUUUGUCGGCCUCUGCAUCACACGCGCUUUUCUUGGCUUGACCGAAAGCUCGUUUCUCGGCGGGGUCUUGAUCUACCUCGGCUUCUUCUACACUGCCGACGAGCUCAUCCUUCGUGUGGGCUUGUUCUACUCGAGCACCGCCCUAGCUGGGUUCCUUGGUGGCCUGAUGGCUGCUGGGCUUGGGCAGAUCAAGGUCCACGGCUACGACGGGUGGCCGUGGAUCUUCUUCAUUGAAGGGUCCUUGACCGUCUUACUUGGUCUUCUGCUGCUACUCGUGCUGCCACACACCCCCGCUGACGCCAAAUUCCUGUCAUCGACCGAGAAAACUCUCGCUGUUCAGAGGAUGCAUUGUCAAGAUCGAUGGCACUAUCUCGGCAACCCUCGCUUGUCGGACCAAGAAUCAGCAGGGGAAGAUCAAGUGAGUGACAGGUUGAGGCUCCAGAACAAGAAGGAUCCUCUCACCUGGAAAACCGUUCUCGGCGCGAUUGGCAACGUCGUCACCAUUUUGAUGGCCCUCGGCAGCUUCUGCUCCAUUCAGGCUAUUUACAGCUUUUCCAUGUUCUUCCCCACCAUCAUAACUGCCAUGGGAUACAAAAGGCUGCAAGCAUCACUGAUGACGGCUCCGCCGAACUUUGCGGCCUUGAUCUUCACCAUUGGCAUAUCAUUCUGGAGUCGUCGGUCUGGAAAGACCGCACUGCCCUUGAAUUUCUGCAGUAUGACUGGUAUAUUUGGAUACAUCCUGAUGAUCAUCGGGGCUCAUGUCGGUCCGGCACCAACAUUCAUGAACAUCAAGAUUCAGUAUGCCGGCUCGUUCUUCGUUGCCAUGUCGGUCAACGCAACACCCCCGCUGGCACUCACUUGGAUGAGCAUCAACGCAUCUCCGCAUUUUGUUCGCGCUGUAGCACUGGGCUUCUUGCUUUCAAUUGGGAACUCAGCUGCUUUUCUCGCCUCCUUUACUUACAUCAGCAAUGAACAACCCAGGUAUGUCGCUCCGAUGAAAGUCUUGCGCGUUUAA